UAGCUGUAGUCCAAAUCCUCUUACUGUUCUUCCCAACUAUAAAGAGAAAGACAGUUACCCCAUUUUUCUUUCGAGAAGCGAAGGCCUAAAUCUAACCAAAUCCGAAAAAUGGCUACCAAGGUUUACAUCGUAUACUAUUCAAUGUAUGGUCAUGUGGAGAAACUAGCAGAAGAGAUAAAGAAAGGGGCAGCUUCUGUUGAAGGAGUUGAAGCGAAAUUGUGGCAAGUACCUGAAACGCUGUCGGAAGAAGUGCUAGCAAAAAUGAGUGCACCUCCAAAGAGUGAUGUGCCUGCUAUAACACCUCAAGAACUUGCUGAAGCAGAUGGUUUUGUUUUUGGAUUUCCUACGAGAUUCGGAAUGAUGGCUGCUCAGUUUAAAGCAUUCCUUGAUGCAACUGGAGGUCUAUGGAGAACACAACAACUAGCUGGCAAGCCUGCCGGCAUAUUCUAUAGCACUGGAUCCCAAGGCGGUGGCCAAGAAACUACACCGUUGACUGCGAUAACUCAGCUUGUUCACCACGGGAUGAUCUUUGUACCUAUCGGAUACACAUUCGGUGCUGGUAUGUUUGAAAUGGAGAAAGUGAAAGGAGGAAGUCCAUAUGGGGCGGGAACAUUUGCUGGGGAUGGCUCGAGACAGCCAUCCGAUCUUGAAUUGCAGCAGGCGUUUCACCAGGGUAAAUACAUUGCCGGUAUUGCCAAGAAACUCAAAGGUGCAGCCUAAUUUCUCUCCUGCAAAGAUAAUCUUUGCAUUCACACAUUUCUUCUCAAAUCCUAAAAAAAAGAACUACAAAAUUUAUAUUUGUGAUUGUUGAAGUCUAUUUUUCCUUUAUUGGGUAUGAAAUCCGAUCUGUAUGUGUCUGAUUUCACUGUAAUUGUGUGUCAAAAGUACCAAGUUGUGUUUUAAAAUUGUUGCAAAUACAACACAAGUUGAAUACUCUAUUAUUUAUAGUGAGUGAUUGAUUGAAUGAAACAAAAUCAAGAAUCCAUGAUCUUCCA